AUGAACGUAACACCAUUGGAUGAACUGCAAUGGAAAUCUCCAGAAUGGAUACAAGUUUUUGGUUUAAGAACUGAAAACGUUCUGGAUUACUUCGCAGAAUCACCAUUUUUCGAUAAAACGUCGAAUAAUCAGGUAAUUAAGAUGCAAAGACAAUUCUCUCAGCUAAAUGAUCCUAAUGCUACUGUGAAUAUGACGCAGAACAUAAUGAACUUACCGGAUGGGAAGAAUGGAAACUUGGAAGAGGAGUUUGCCUAUGUGGAUCCGGCAAGAAGACAAAUUCUCUUCAAGUAUCCUAUGUAUAUGCAACUAGAGGAGGAGUUGAUGAAGUUGGAUGGUACUGAGUAUGUAUUGAGCAGUGUAAGGGAACCCGACUUCUGGGUCAUCAGGAAGCAAAAACGAACAAACAAUCCUGGUUUGAGAAGCUCCAAGGGACCAGAGAUUAUUCCAUUACAAGACUACUACAUAAUUGGUGCAAACGUCUACCAAUCGCCAACCAUUUUUAAAAUUGUGCAGAGUAGACUGAUGUCCACAAGCUACCAUUUAAACAGCACAUUGAAGAGCUUGUACGACCUGAUUGAGUUCCAACCUUCCCAAGGCGUACACUAUAAAGUACCUAUAGAUACUAGCACCACUGCGACCGCUGCCACUAACGGCAAUAACGCUGGCGGAGGCAGUAACAAGAGCAGCGUGCGACCAACCGGUGGCACCAACAUGGCCACUGUUCCCUCAACCACAAACGUCAACAUGACAGUCAACACCAUGGGUACGGGAGGGCAGACUGUAGACAACGGUACUGGUCGUGCUGGCAAUGGUAACAUGGGAAUAACUACAGAAAUGUUGGACAAGCUAAUGGUCACAAGCAUCAGGUCCACCCCAAACUACAUAUGA